AGUAAAAGGGUUUGUGAGGUUCAUUUAGGAAUAUACAGACAGAUAUAUUUAGCCUAUUCAGAAGCAGCAGUUCAUCCUCUGAUCGAAACACUCAUGUCUCAUUAUGUUUUUUGUUUGAACUUUUGACCUAUAAAGCCUUUUGCUUUUUCAUCACUUGUUAAUGAAUUCUCCAAUAGCUCUAAGUUGCAAUAUUUACAUAGCCUACUAUGUAAAUUUUGAGGUCGAGGCAUCUUGUCAGAAAGAGGAACACAGGCACCAGGAUGUGCACCACGGCCAGAAGCCUUCAGAUGGAUCUCUUUAAAUGGAUCUUUGGACUUCUAAUUGUUCUGGUAAUCUAUACAUGCCUGUAUUUGACCUACUGUGGAAAACAUGAGAUGAUGGGAAGUGAAAUGACAGACAGAUUUAAAUUACUGAAUUGUAUGAAACUUCAUCAAAAGUUCUCCAACAUCACUUCAGCUAACAGUAUUGAUAUGAUGAAUGUGAUUGGGAAUCUCUCAGCAUUCAUGAGCUGUCUACAUGUGACCAAUAGAACCCAAAAGGAGCUACACAGAUUAAGACUGCGUUUCUGUUGUAACGGCACAGAUUUAUUAUAUCUGACAAAGAAGAACACAGCUGUGAAUCAAAGCAUUGCAUAUGAGACCUCAAAUAGGGUGUACAAAGUGGGAGCUGCACUUCACAAAAUGCUGCCUGAGGACUUUCCAUGGAGUAGGCGUGGUCAUCUGGGCCGAUGUGCUGUGGUGGGCAAUGGGGGGAUUCUGAAGAACAGCAGUUGUGGAAGAGAGAUUGACAGUGCAGACUUCAUCAUCAGGUUUAACUUGGCUCCCAUUAAUGACAGUGAUGUUGGGGUAAAGACUGAUCUAGUGACCAUCAAUCCCAGUCAGCUCUCAGCAGAUUACAGAAAUAUGGCUGAGAAUCCAGAUCCGCUGGUGCGGCGCGUAAGUGUGUAUGGAAAUGCUUCUCUGAUGAUUCCAGCCUUUGCAUACACACACUGCACUGCAGUGUCAGUUAAAACCCUCCAGGUGCUCCAGCCGAUCAGACCUCAGCAGCCCGUGGUGUUCUUUAGUCCCUACUACCUCAAGACAUUGGACUGUUUCUGGAAGGGGCUUGGCCUGAAAGAAAAACGCCUCUCCACAGGUUUCAUGUUAGUUAAUAUGGCACUAGAGCUGUGUGAUGAUGUGCACUUAUAUGGAUUCUGGCCAUUUGACAUCAGUCUAAAGCAGCAGACACUUCAACACCAUUAUUAUGACAACAAACCACCCAAACCGUUCAUGCACGCCAUGCCUGAGGAGUUCGUCCGCUUGUUACAGCUUCACAGCCAGGGGGCGCUAACACUGCACCUACAGCCCUGCUUAUAACACACACACACACACACACACACACACACACACACACACACACACACACACACACACACACACACACACACACACACACACACACACACACACACACACACACACACACACACACACCUUGUCAUAGGGUGCUUUUUUCUGAUGUUUGGACAAAAAUAUUUUAAUAUUUUCUAUUUUGCAUUUGUUUUCUGUUUUACUUGCAAAGCGUUCUGGCCAGGUGGCUAAAACAUAAUGUUAUUAGAGUGCAAAGAUAUCUGAAUAAAUCCCUUUAUAUCGAG